AUGGCCGAACCUUCUCCAAAGCGCGCCGACAUUCAGAGUCGCGAAUCUGGAGAAGGUGACAACGCAGAGAGGCCAGCGAAACGCGCCAGAAUGGAUCUGGACCAACCCAAAGACUCCAAAGACCGAGCCGAUUCGCCGCAGUCCUCCGACGAGGACGACGAAACUCUCGGACAGACCCUGCCCCCGGCCACAGAUUUGCGAUCCUCCGAUCUCUACCUGGACACGAUAAACAGACAAGCUCUCGACUUUGACUUCGAGAAGCUCUGCUCAGUGUCACUGUCAAAUAUCAACAUAUACGGGUGCCUUGUAUGUGGAAAGUACUUCCAGGGCAGGGGACGCAACUCUUAUGCUUAUGCCCAUUCCAUCCACGAAGACCACCACGUAUUUAUCAAUCUGGAAACCACCAAAGUCUACGUACUCCCGGAUGGAUACCACGUUUCCGAUCCAUCAUUGGAAGAUAUAUCUUUCGUUCUAGCACCGAAAUUCACUCCAGAAUCCAUCAAGGCAAUAUCUACCGGCCUCUACUUGACGAAGCCUUCUUAUGAUCUAUCUCACAAGCCAUAUCUGCAAGGCUUCGUUGGACUGAACAACAUCAAGCGGAAUGACCACAUGAACGUCAUCAUUCACGCCCUACUACAUGUCCCACCGCUGAGGGAUAGCUUGUUGCUAUCCGAUUACAAGGGGAAAGAGCCCGAACUCUUGAAACGGUUCGCGGGUCUUGCGAAGAAGGUUUGGAACCCUCGACUGUUCAAGAGUCAGGUCAGCCCCCACGAAUUCCUUCAAGAAGUAAACCGAGCCAGCGGUGGUAAAUUCAGGCUGGAGGAGCAGGGUGACCCUGUGGAGUUCCUGGGAUGGCUAUUGAACCAUCUUCACAAAGACCUCGGUGGCACGAAGAAGAAGGGGUCCAGCAUUAUCUUCAAGACCUUUCAGGGUGAGCUCCGUGUGGAAACUCAACAAGUCGUUGUUCGACCAGACGCUGGGGAAAAUGAGAAGCCUCGUUUUGAUAUCGAUCGAGAUAUCAAAACGACCGUUUCGCCGUUCUUGUUCCUGGCAGUGGAUCUCCCACCGCCUCCGCUUUUCCAAGAUGCAGUCGAAAAGAAUAUUAUCCCUCAAGUCAAUAUUUACUCGGUUCUUGCGAAGUACGACGGUCGGACAACUCAGGAGUCCGCUGGUCACCUGAGGCGGUACAAAUGCCAAAAGCUACCUCCUUACAUUAUCCUUCACUUCAAACGAUUCACCAAGAACCUUUUCGUGGAAGAGAAGAACCCCACUAUUGUUAACUUCCCCCUCAGGGGCCUCGACUUCAAAGAAUAUAUAGAUGCACCUCCGAGUAACGAAUCCACACUCUACGAUCUGAUCGCCAAUGUUACCCACGAAUCGGUCGCAGGAACCACCAGAGACAAAGCAAGCACUGUCUGGAAGGUUCAUGUCCGCGCUGGAGGUGCAGGCGGCGACAACGAGAAGUGGUUCCUAAUUCAAGAUUUGAUCGUCGAGGAAACCAGAAAGGAAAUGAUCUUUUUGGGGGAAACUGUUCUACAGAACCGUGAUAUCAACCCCGUUCACAGAUAUGGGAGCGCCGGAGCUCUGGUGCUGUAUCUAAUGGAGGAAAACCGAAUCCUGCAUAAUGGCUAUUCGGCUGCUUGGGGCGUUAGUGCUCGUUAUACGCCUGUGAGGCCGCCAUAG